CGCUCCCUCCCUCCCUCAAUCAGCUCACGGGUGAAGUCAGCAGAGGGGAAGAGGUGCGUGCAUUAUUGGAGCAGCAGCAGCAGCCGCCUGGCUAGAGAAGUGGUUCCAAUGUGCGACGAGGGUCCGCGGUUCAGUGUCAAGGAGUACAGGUUUGCGGAAGAGCAGGACGAGCAAGAAAGAGAAGAGCCGAAGCCAGAGCUGGUGGUGCAGAUUCCUGAGGUCCUGGAUUCCCAAUACGGCAUGUACGUUUGGCCCUGUGCUGUGGUUCUUGCUCAGUACCUAUGGUUUCACAGAAGACUACUACCUGGCAAGAGAAUUUUGGAGAUUGGAGCAGGUGUGAGCCUACCUGGUAUAGUAGCUGCUAAAUGUGGGGCCAGAGUGAUACUGUCAGAUACUGAAGAGUUGCCUCAAUGUUUGAAGAACUGUGAGCGAAGCUGUCGGAUAAAUAACCUUCUAGGGGUACACAUCAUAGGACUCACAUGGGGCCAAAUAUCUCCCAGUCUGCUCUCUCUGCCUCAAGUAGACAUUAUUCUGGCCUCUGAUGUAUUUUUUGAACCAGAAGAUUUUGAAGAUGUCAUAACUACAGUGUACUUCUUGAUGAAAAGGAACCCAGCUGCUCAAUUCUGGACUACAUAUCAGGUCCGAAGUUCUGAGUGGUCUAUUGAAGCUUUGCUGUACAAAUGGAAGUUGAAGAAUGUCCAUGUUCCCUUACGGUCUUUUAAUGCUGACAAGGAACAGUUGGCUUCCUCUCCUCUCCCAGGAAGACAUACCAUUGAAAUGAUGAUCAUUUCACUAGCAGGAGCGAGUGACACGUAAAUUUCUGCCAGUUGCUGGUUCUAAUUCAAGAAAGUACCUCAGAAAACUGACUGCACGCCACUUCAAGCAAGUUUUGGAUGGAAAUGCUGUUUGUUUGGGGGAAAAUAAAUUCCACUUGAUCAAGAGAGGGGAAGCAUUUGGUUAUCACAAAACAGAAUGCAUUUCCUCCACCGCUCCAUGCUACUAAAGUCAUUUAUCACACACUAAAGCCAUUAGGGGUAAUUCUUGUGAAACCAGGUAUAUUAAUUAGUACAAUUUUAAACAAUUUAAUCUUAUCUUGCAUUGUAUGAAUAAGAUCUGUUGAAAGUGUUUGGUUAUGACUUUUCUAAAAAGUUGUGUUCACACCUAGAGAAUAAAAUUAAGAGGAUUUUUACAUCUACUUUCUUUCUCCUAUACCUGUGAUGCAAUUAAAGAAACUGAAAUUCUGGCAAAACAUUCAUGUCUACAUACUCUAGCUUACCAUGCUGACUAUUUAUAAUGGCCAGGUUGUGGUAUUCUUCAGAGUUCAAGUUAGGGACUUGACAAUUACAUAUUCAGCCUGAACGUUACUAUUUCUUACCUGUUUUCCAGCUUAAGAGCUAAACAUCAUGAAUUAACAAUUUAACUUUAAGGGUCUGAACAAUGUUCAUUUUAUGCAGUCACCCUUUCUGUAUUUAGUAAGAUGUAAUUAUAUGAGUAGUACGAUUUUCCUGGAACAAAGUUCUAGUAUAGCAGCUCACAAUUUACUUUAGACAUCUUAGUAUUAGACAGACAAUUUUUGGGGGCAGGUCUACACAAAGUUACUUCCACUGCUGACAUUUGUUCUGGAACAAGUGCACCUUGUUUCUAUUUAGAAUAAGCACUUUCAAGACUGCAUUAACUUUAAAAGUGUAGACAAGCCCUCUGAUACUCAUAUAUCCCUGAUAAGUCUGAAGAUUAGGUAAUCAAGACUUUCAAUUAGAAGUGCACUG